AUGACUGACGCCCACUCUACCCUUACGCGGGCUACGACCGCGAGUCGCAAGUCGACCAUUGCCAGCCGCAAUGCCUCGCUCAUUAAGAAGAACACGGGCCCGAACGAGCUGCGCCCGUCGGACAUUCUGAUUGAGCGCUUCACUGGCUGGAAGGACAUCACCAAGAUGCUUAUCGCCUACUUCGAGGGCAUCGCGGACAUUGAGUACAACACGGCCAAGGAGAUGGCCAAGCUUGGUGGCGUGAUCCAGGUUCCUUUCCGCCAGGGCAACCAGUUCCUUGGUGAGGACGGUAUCCAGGACGUGUUCUACAGCAUCCGCGACAAGACUCGCACGAUCGCUGACCACCACGCCAACCUCGCCAAGACGGUCGAGGGCUCGAUUGUCCAGCACCUGCAGAAGCUCCGUGCUGAGAUCAAGGCCCACCUCCGCAACGUGCAGCAGGACACUGGCAAGCUUGCCAACUCGGUUGCCCGUGAGCGUGAGCUGUCGACCAAGAUGAUCUCUGACCUCGCCCGCUCGAUCACCCUGCUCAAGAACACCCCCAUGAGCGUGAGCGCCCGUGAGGACCCCUACGCUGCGAACCAGGCUGUUGCUCUCCAGCUCCAGCGCCAGGUGAACGAGGAGAACGCCCUGCAGAAGAGCAUCAUCAUCAUGCAGCAGAACUCGGCUCACUUUGAGGAGGGCAUCGUCCGCUCGAUCCAGAGUGCUUGGCAGACCUUUGACGAGUGGAGCGGUCGCAUGUCGGCCCAGGUCCAGGACACCUGGCUGGGUCUCGGCGUGCACAUGCGCUCGCUCGAGCCCAACGCGGAGUGGAUCGCCUUUGCCUCGCGUUCGGACCAUCUCCUGGACCCCGACACGCCGCUGCGCAACCCCGAGACGAUCGACUACCCCGGCAAGGAGGACCCCUCGGUGAUUCCCGUCCACCAGGGCAUCCUCGAGCGCAAGAAGCGCUUCACGAAGUCGUACAAGGAGUCGUUCUACGUGCUCACCCCCGCCGGCUACCUGCACGAGCACAGCUCGUCGGACAUCUCGCGCCACCCCGUUCCCGAGCUCUCGCUCUUCCUGCCCGAGUGCACGCUCGGCGCCCCGUCGACCGCCGCUGCGCAGACCCACAAGUUCCACAUCGAGGGCCGCAAGCUCGGCGGUGCGCAGUCGGGUGGCUUCUCGCUUGGCCGUGAAUACGCUUACACCUUCCGUGCCCGCUCGCACGACGAGCUCAUGGAGUGGUGGAACGACAUCAAGCAGCUCUCCAAGGUAUACCUCACCACCUCGGAGCAGAUGGACCGCUCGGGCCCCGUUCCCGCCGCUGUGCGCGCCGCCGGCUACCGCAGCGAGGACGAGGAGGACCUCGAGGACGACGACGGCUCUUCGAUCGAGGACGAGUACGUCGAGGGCGAGAUCGACAUCGACGAGCCCGCCACCACCACCCGUCACUACGGCGCUGCGCCCGCGAUUCCCUCGACGGUCACCGCCGCUGCCCCGGUUACUGUGCUCGACGACAGGCGCGAGAACGUCCCGGCCUACACCGGCCCCUCGCGGGAGUCGGGCAUCCAGGUCGGCUCGAACGGCUACGCCACCGAGAAGAAGCCCGCUGCUGAGCCCAAGAAGGAGGCCGCUAAGGAGGGCGCCGAGGAGACUGCGCACAUCUCUUCGUCGUAG